GGAGGCCGGGGCCUGUCCCCCGCAGCAGUGAGGUUUGGGGCUCCAGGUCCCCGGCUGCCGCUUUUCUUCUCCAGAUGCCGCUCACCCGCAGCCGCCUGGGGCUCCUGCUCCUCGGGGUGCUCUUCACCUUCCUCCUCUACCUCCUGCUCCCGGCCGCCCCGAACGGGCAGGGCUCGGCUGGUACCCGGGCUGACAAGGCGACGCGGGACUGGCCGGUGGCCAGCGCCAUUGCACGGACGGGGAUGGCUGCGGGAGAGCCCCCUGUCUUCUACAGGGAGGUUUCUGCAGGGCCCCAGGGCAGCGGCACUGCCGGCCCCGGGAGGCCCGAUGUCCUGUUCCUGCAUGGCCAGGCGUUCACCUCCAAGACGUGGGAAGCCUUGGGCACACUGGCACUGCUCGCUGGAGAAGGCUACCGUGCGGUCGCGAUAGAUCUGCCUGGCUAUGGGGAUUCACCUCCCACAGAGACAGUGGCUACGGUGCAGGGCCGGGUGGCUUUCCUGGACCACGUCCUCCGGGAGCUGGGCAUGCAGAGGCCUGUUCUCGUCAGCCCCUCCAUGAGUGGCCGCUUUGUCCUCCCCUUCCUCCUGGCACAUGGGGACCAGCUGGCUGGAUUCGUGCCCAUUGCGCCCGUGGGCACCCAGGACUACACUGCUGAGCAGUACCGGCGGGUCCAGACACCCACCCUGAUCGUGUAUGGAGACCGUGACAUAAGGCUGGGUUCCCAGUCCCUGCAGAGCCUGCGGCACCUCCCUGGGCACCGUGUGGCCGUGGUGCCCGAUGCUGGCCAUGCCUGCUACCUGGACAAGCCGCAGGAUUUCCACCGGGCCCUGCUGGGCUUCCUGCGCCAGGUGAAGUAAGCACUGCCUCAUUCCCUGCCGAGGGGAGGACUGGGACGCACGGGGGGAGUCUGUUCUCUUUUGGGGUGUCCCCAGGGGACAACGACUGCGAGUUUCUCUUGCUGGCAGGACGGGGUAUCCCCUGCCAGGAGGCCAAUAAACUGAUGCUGCUCUGG